AUGAAGUUAUUUGACACAGUACAAAGGUUGAACAAAAACAAAGUGCUGUUGCACCAUAUUAUUUCUUGUCAGUGCACUGAAAUAUCUACACAUGUGUACACACUGCCUCUAAGAAGCAACAGAAAGGCUCUAAACAUGAGAUUCUCUUGGCUUGUUAUCUGGGCUGGAACACUGGUUUUGAAUCCAGCCACUGCUGACGGCAACAUUGCUUCUCAAACUGCCACUUGUGAAGAGUCUGGAAAGAACCUCACCGACAUUCCUAGCAACCUUUUCCCAAACAUCACUAAACUGAGUCUUGAAAAUAAUAAAAUCACUUUAAAAGAUAGCGACAAAAAGAUUCUACAAAAUUUUAUUAACCUCACUGAACUUUAUUUAAAUAGAAACAUGAUUACUGUAGUGCACAAUAACAGCUUCUGCAGUCUGACAAAUCUUAUAAUUCUGGAUAUCAGCAACAAUCAGAUUAGCAGAGUUCAUAAAGCAGCAUUUGCAGGGUUAAAUCAACUGUCCGUGUUGAAUCUAUCACAUAACGUGAUGACUCAACUAGAUUCAGAAGUAUUUACUUCUCUGAACAGUCUGGCAGUUCUAGAUCUACAGUACAACCAUCUGAAAUCUCUUUAUAUAAAAUCACCUUCUCAACUGACUACAAUUGUUCUAGCUGGAAACCCAUGGCACUGCUCCUGCGACCUCCUUGGCUUAAAGGAAUGGCUAACCACCUCCAAUGUGACAAUGGAAAAUGAAAAUGACACUACGUGUACAUCACCAGACAGCAAAAAGAAAUUCUCCAUCAAGACAGCACCUAUCCAAACAACUGACUGCAAAACUGAAAAAUCUUCUUUAGAAAACACUGAAACUUCCACUUCCACCAUUGAGUUUGAGAGCAGUGCCUUAACAACAGCUCCAACCACAAACAACAGCACUGGAAACAACGGAACUGAUGCAGUGCUACCGCUUAUUGGCAAAAGCUGGACCUUCCUGGCAGGUGUUCUAGGGUUUGUCCUAAGCACUACACUCCUGAUAUUUACUGCUGUAAAAUGCCCAACGUGGUAUCACUAUGUGGUCAGCUACCGUCACCGUCGUCUGCAAGCAAAUGACUCUGAGACGUUUGAACAGGAGUUCUCAGCUGAUAUGAGUUCCUCUCCUACAAGUACAAAUGAUGAUGAUCCCAUAGUAAUAUUUGAGAAAUUUCAUGAAUUUGUGCCUGGGGAAGAUGAAUAUAUUGAGGACAAAUACAUAGAUUCUUAUGAAACUGAAGAAAGGUAAUGUCUUAAACACUGGCUGAUGAACUGUAGUACACUUGUGCUUCCAUAUUACACUGCUUAUGCCCAACACAAAGUGAAGCCAAGCAGUUCAUCUCCUUUCAUCUCAUCAAAUUCAUUACCAAGUAUUGCUGCAUGAAGCUAAGAAUGUGGGGAUAUACAUGCACUAGUGUGCAACAAAUGUUGCAAAUCACGUAAAAAAAUACUCAGAAACAACUUUUUAUAAAAACAUAUUUGGUUACUUAUGGGUGGGAGGGGGACAACUUCCUGUACAACAUGAAGAAGUCUUCACAAAGUAGCUUGUGAAGCUGCGGUAAUCACUACCAUUUUGUGAUGAAGUCCAUAAAGUACAAUUAGAGAAGACCACAGCCAGAUUGGAGACCAUACCCAAAUGAAUACUGUCACAGCUCAGCAGUGUACUGUGCAAAACUCACACAAACAAAAAAAUAGACCAUACGUGUUCGGGUAUUUUUUAACCCAAAUUAGCAUAAUGAGCAAGACCAACUGCUCUAUUUCCCUCAAUAUGCCUACAUACAAUACAAAAAGUUAUCACUGCUACACAUGUAAUGCCUUUAUGGCUCCAGUUUGCUACUGAAUCACCUUUUUUUUUCCUCUUUGCAUUUUCUUAACACUUCAAAAUGCAUUCAAGGGUAGAACAGCCCAUUUGUGAGCUGCUGAAAACCACAGUAUUAUUGAA